AUGUCAGAGAUAUACUUCAAGUUCCGCAACGCCCGGGACACGAAGAAGGUGGCCUUCACGGGCGCCUUCCUGUCUGUAAGCGAGCUGAAGCGCCUCAUCGCCCAGCAGACUGGCAUUGGCGGCGAUAGCAGCGCCGGUCUCGAGAUCACCGACCCACAGACUGGCGCCACGUACAAGGAUGACAGCCAGCAGGUCCCGAGGAACUCCAGCGUGGUCGUGCGCCGCGUGCUGGGCGGAGGCUCGGCCGCCCCCGCCCGCGCGGUCAAGGCUGAGCCCGAGCCCGCCGCCGAGGAAGAACAGCCAGAUGAGCAGCCAGGUCCUCACGCAGAGGACGACUUCGGCGGCGACGUCUUCGCCGCGCCCGACCAGGAGGAGGACGCGGAGACCAAGGCGCUCAAGGCGCGUCUCCUGGGCGUCGCGGCGAGCUGGGAGCAGGAGAAGGGCCGCGCGGCGCAGGCCGGGCAGCACGCAUACAAGAGCUCGCGCAAGGAGAGGGAGGGCCCGCCGCGGAGCUACAUCUGCCCCGUGUGCAGCAAGGUCGGCGAGCACAUGGAGGAGGACUGCCCCCUGCGUCAGGACCCCAGCGUGCGGCGCGUGCGGCGCCCCGUGGGCAUCCCGAUGACGGAGCUCGUGCGCGACACGGAGGGCGGGAUGGUCUUCAACGACAAGAUCGUGGUCGGCAUCCGCGAGGACAGGGCGGUGUUCGACGAGGAGGAGGAGCGCCGCGCGAAGGAGCUGGCGAGGAAGGAGGCCGAGGCGCGGGCGAAGCGCGGGGAGGGCCCCAAGGCCAUACAGCCCGCGCGGCGGGACGAGCGGGCGCGAGGCGGCGCCGGGCACGGUGAGCGGCAGCAGCGGGCUGCGCCGCAGGCUCCUCCGCCGCGGCCGCGGCCUCCGGGGCCGUCCCCGUCCAGCGACCCGAUGCACACGUACAACCAGCCCCGGGGCUACGGCCCGCCGAUGGCCAUGAUGGGCGCCCCGCCGCCGGCCCACGCCCCGCCACCGCCCCCGCCGCGGCGUACACAAGCGGCGCCCCCAGGGCCGUCGGCACCACCGGGCGUGAACCCGCAGGCGUGGCAGCGGCUGCUCUCGGAGCGCCGCAUGUACGAGGAGGCCGUGCGCUCCUACCCCUCGUCGGUGCGCAAGAUGUUGCCGCGCGGCGAGGGCGCGAUGCUGUUCCACUGCUUCGGGCACCAGCCGCUGUCGCGCACGGACUUCUACCGCCUCCAGGCGGACCUCCGCAAGCUGCUCGGGCUCCCCCCGCGGCCGGACCCGGGCCCGAACGCCACGGACGACGAGGCGUCGGACAGCGGCAGCGACGAGGAGGGGGGCCGCGGGCGGCGCCACAGCAGCCGGCGGCGCAGCAGCGACCGCGACCGCCGCGAGCGCUCGCACGACCGCCGCAGGAGCCUUGAGCGCUCUCGGUCUCGCCGCCGCAGCCGGUCGCGCUCGCGCGAUCGCCGCCGGAGCCGCAGCCGCGGCGCCAGCCGCGACCGCCACGCGCGGGACCGCCCGCGCCGGCGGAGCCGCAGCCGCAGCCCCGAGCGUCGCUCCGAGCGCUCGCACCGCGACGAGCGCCCGCGGCACCGCGACCGCGGCGAGGGCGCGCCCGACAAGUCACGGAGGUCGGGGCGCCGGUCGCCGUCGCCGGCGCGCAGGCCGAAGCAGGACGACAGGGAGCGGCGGAAGGACAGGGACAGGGCUGGCGGGGAAGACAGGGGGAGGGGUGUCAGGGGGGGGGAGUCUGAGGGCGACAGGGAGAAGCCGCAGGAGGGCCCGCGAGACGGGGAGGGCGGCGGACGCGGGGAGGACGAGCGGGGGUCUGCGCGGGACCGCGGCGGCCGCAAGCGCGAGGCGGGCGCGGCGGCUGUGGAGCCGGCAGCCAGCAAGCGGGCACGCGUGGUGACGGUAGAGGUUGACAGGGGCCGCGGAGGGCGGCCGGCGCCGGCGCAGGAGGAGCCCUCGCCGCGGCAGGAGGCGAAGCGGGACGCACCGCGCGGGCGGGGCAGCGCGGGGCGGCUCGUUUCGAGCGCGUUGCGGGACGCGGGGAUUCGCAAGUAG